AUGCCACAGCUGAAUCCAGCCGCCAACAUGCCUGCUUCACUGCUUGUCGAUGUCCGGACGCCUGCCGAAUUCGCCACAGGCUUUCUGGACGACGCUAUCAACAUCGAGUACCAAGACAUUGACCAGCUUGCCCGCCGACCUGGCGUCUCCAAGCAGGACGACAUAACCUUGUACUGCCGCUCUGGGCGCCGCUCGGCCAUUGCCCUCGACACUCUGAGGUCGCUAGGCUUCGAAAACGUCCGCGACAUUGGCAGCUUCGAGUCUGCCCAGGAAACGCUUCGCCGCGAGAAAGAGGAAAAGGCCGCAGCCCAGCUCCAGCACCCACCCGCUUCGCCUUCCAAGCAAUCGCUCGAGGGGUCCCACAAAGCCCUUCUGGAUGGACUGCGUGCUUUGGAUUGA